AUGUCUUCCGACUGGGACCGAGUCCCCUCCGACGCCGGCUUCGACAGCUGGAACGACCUGAAACUUGCCGCUGACGAGCGCGCCAAAGAGAUCACCGCCGAGCUGGAAGCCAAAAGGGCGCAAAGAGAUGCCAGGUUUGCGGCCGAGAUGGAGAGAAAGGAGUUGGAGUGGGCCCAGACGCUUAGAAGGAGACUGGCCAUGAAGCCCAUGGAACCCGAGAAUGGUAAGGCGAUGGGGGGAAUGUUGCCGGAGAUGAGGCCUCAUGACGGAGGAGCAUCGCAAGGUUUCGGAGGAGGAGACCAGAGUGAAAGCCCGGCACGAAACGGGCAAAAAGCUCAACAGGAGAUGGUCAAGAUGCCGGCGGAUCAGGGCACAAAGGCGAACGAGAAGCGCAAGCGCGGUAAACAGCCCGUCAACGGACACUGA